CUGUAUCCUGGCUUCUGUAUACAUUUCCAAACGGUCUAAAUUGUUGCCUACACAAUACCGCAAAUAUCGAGGACAGCACAAAGGCGAUCACGGAUCGAAAUUUACGUCCUCAAACGCAGAUUUAACAGACAACAUACGUUCGGCUACGAACUGGCGGCGUUUUUUUACGUCUUUAAGUAAGUGCUUGGUGUCUAUAACUUCUCGUCUUCUCGAGACGUAGUUAGGGAAGCCCAUACCUCCUAGAGCGUGAUCUAUUGUUUUGGCGCCGCAGAUCAAGCCGCAUCGAGACAAAACAACUGUCAAGUAUUUCCAGCGAAGUUUAGCCACCUUAAACCCGAGAAAAAGGCAAAGAACUGCCGAAAAGAAGUGAUUUUGGAUUCAUAACUGGCGUUUAUUAUUGAAAGCAGUAAUAUUUACACAAGCGAAAAAUGAAGAGUCCUAUGAAAAUUGUAUACUUUCUCUACCUCUUCUUUGUGGCUAGUUUGUGUAUUAUCGCAUGCAAUGGUAUGAGUGUGAUAGAACCUGGCGUUAUAAAUACUACAUACGGACCAGUCGAAGGAAAAAACGUCCUGCUUCAGACAAACAAGGAGGUUGUCCAGUUUUUAGGGAUUCCUUAUGCAAAUGCGAGUAGAUUCGACCCGCCUGAGCCCCCAACAUCAUGGCACAACGAUACACGUCAAACCAAAACAUAUGGCAAAUCGUGCCCUCAAGCCAUGAACUCCGCUCCGCACUACCUUGACAGUGAUUCUAUCAGCGAGUAUUGCCUCAACUUGAACGUAUUUGUGCCUAACACAACCGAGUUUAGAAAUGAGAGCGCUUCGUACCCUGUUAUGGUUUGGGUACACGGAGGUGCUUUUAUUAUGGGAACAAGUGCAAGGCAAUCAGACGCGUCACUUCUAGCCACCGAAGGCGAAAUUGUUGUCGUUUCCAUUAACUUUAGACUUGGAGCCCUAGGCUUUUUGAGCACCGGAGAAGAUGGUCUUAAUGGAAAUCUUGGAAUGCUUGAUGUUAUCGAAGCUUUGAGAUGGGUUCAGAAUAAUAUCGAGAGUUUCGGUGGAAAUCCAUACAACGUUACGAUUGCCGGCUGGUCAGCGGGUGCACGCCUUGUUUCCAUGGUGACGCUGUCAAAUCAGGCCGCUGACCUCUAUCAUCAAGUCAUAUUAAUGAGUGGUGUUGCUGAUGGCCUGUUUUCGUAUUUGACACAAGACGAGGCGAGAAACAGAGCGGAGUACUAUGGCGCGUUGUUGCGUUGCCCCUUCCCCAGCCCCGACUUCGUCAACUGUCUCAAACGAAAGUCUAUCGCGGAGAUAGUUUCUGCGCAGGCACAAACAAUUCCCAGUACAUUCCUGCCCCAGUGGGCCCCGGUGAUUGAUGGGAGAUUGAUCAGAGAUGUUCCUGCCAAGCUGGUGGAGGACGGUCGCUUCAACAAGACCAAUAUUCUGAUGGGUGUGGCUAGCAGUGACGGAACUGCUUUCCUCAGUGAUGUCCCCGGAAUGAAUACCGGCAUAGACAUUAGUAAAGCGAUGAACCGAACCGUCUUCGUUGAGACCGUACACCAGAAGAUCUGGCUUCGCCGCCAAGACAGCAAGCUCCCGAACAUGGUGGUAUUCCAGUACACUGAUUGGACAAACCUUAAUAACAACGACACCAGGAAGCAGUACCUGGACAUGUUAACGGACGCAGUGUACAGAGCGCCGGCCAUUCAGACGGCUAACGGUUUUGUUGGCCAAGGAAUGCGUGUGUACUUCUACCAGACGGAAGUUAGGCAAGACAAGGACGUCUCUGGCAAGACUUACCCUUCAUGGUGGGGGGUCCCCCACGGGGAGGAAUUGCGCUAUCUGUUCCCUAACCCCAACGUCACGUCAAUCAUCUCAGGACAGACGAAAAGUUUUAUGGACUUUUGGAUAAACUUCGUUAAAACUGGGGACCCUAAUCAAAAAGGACAGCAAGUCUGGCCUAUUUAUACGCAUCGAUCAGGGAACUAUCUGGCUCUGCAGGACUUCCCUAGUCCAAAUACUCGGCUACGGUCAGAGGAGAUGCAUUUCUGGAAUGAGUUUCUACCGGCGAACGGAGUGAAAGAAAAGGAAAAGCCCAGGCCUCCAGAGCCAGAGAAAUCUAUGGACCCCGUCUUAAUCGCGCUGAUUGUGAUCUCCGUUCUUUUCGGCAUUCUUCUCAUCGUCCUCAUUGUCCUUGUCAUCAUGAUAAUGCGAGGGGGACUGAGGGCUAGCGAUAAAUACUCCCGAGCUCCUCCCCCAGCGCCAUACUCCCCAAAUAAAUCUACCAAGCCGCUAUACAGUGACGAGCGAGUCAGCCCUCCCAAGUACGAAGACCGGAGCUAUGCUGCAUACAAUGACAACGCAAGGGAAAAGAGCUCCCCUCGUUACCCUGACAACAGGACCUCCCCCGAUUACCCUGGCAACGGUUAUCACGAUAACGAGAAAAUACAGUUCAAGUACCCUGAAGUUGAAAAGAGUACCCCGUUGUAUGCCAAGUCGCCGGAUUACCCAUCGUACGAUGAGCGUGAUGCGUCUUAUUAUAGGGGGAGUAGUGCCGCUGAUUAUCCUGAUAAGUACAUGGACUCGGACAUGCUUUGAAAAAGCUUCAGAAAAAUGAUAGUCGGGCAAGGAUUAUGUAAGGAUCAGAGCAUAGAUAAGUCUGCAGGUGAGAAAUUGUAGUGUAGCGAGAACGAGUGUGUGGUUUUAAGGAUGACUUGAUCAUCCCACUAUUUUUUGGCGGAAUCAGAUCCAGAACGUGGGCAAGAUCGCAAUCAGAAAUUGAUGGAUCAAAACGACGAUCUAUUGAGAUCAGCAUCACGGUGGAUUCAUGGUGGAUCAAGAUCACAAAUUAGAGAUUCACGGAUCAACAUCACAAUUGCGAAUCCAAGUCAAGGGGCCAGCUUGAAAACGAAGAUAAAGACAAUUCUUGGAAGCAAUGCUGAAGCUAUUUGUACGGAUGUCGCAGUCUCGUCCCAGAUAUACUUAUCGAGAUCCCUGUGGUCGGAGAUGAACCAUGAGGCAGCGUGGAGCUUGAGACGAGCUCACCAGCAGAGAUGGGUUCCUGUGAUGUCUCACUAAGCACAGGAAGUCCGAACUAAAAUCUUGGCAAGAACGCCUGGGACUUGGCUGCGGGUGUCGUGGUUCACGGACAUUGACGAGGCUUCUCCCGAUUAGGGGUCACAUAUAUUUUAAGCAAGCACAUGGCUUUUACAAUUCGACGCGCGCUACCGUGGCCACCUAGUCAAUGUUCAGAAUGUUGGCCAAUUACCAUGCGAGAGGGGCAAUUUUGAUUGACAAAAAAAUCAUUACUAUAAGGAUUUCUUCGUGUCCUUAUCAACCAUAUAGCACGUUUCUCUGGCCAAUGUUGCUCAAUUUUUUCAAACUGUCCAGGUGGCCAUGGUAGCGCGCGUCAAAUUGUCAAGUUCAAUUGGAAAUAAGUUACUCUACUAUGACAGUUUUGAUUUGACAUAAUUGAUUUAAAUCGCUUUUUAUUAAAUUAAUUUUAGUGUCAGGAUCUGACGAUUUGGCAUAGAGAUAAGAUCUACUGAAUUUUUAAAUCUAAUAAAAAAUACUAUAACAUUUUCGUUAUAGACUCCGA